AUGGUCCAUGUGAGCAGCGUGUGGGUUUCAACAGACCAUGAUGAAAUUGAGAAUGUGGCCAAACAAUUUGGUGCACAAGUUCAUCGAAGAAGUUCUGAAGCUUCAAAAGACAGCUCUACCUCUCUAGAUGCCAUCAUAGAAUUUCUUAAUUAUCACAAUGAGGUUGACAUUGUAGGAAAUAUUCAAGCUACUUCUCCAUGUUUACAUCCUACUGACCUUCAGAAAGUUGCAGAAAUGAUUCGAGAAGAAGGAUAUGAUUCUGUUUUCUCUGUUGUGAGACGCCAUCAGUUUCGAUGGAGUGAAAUUCAGAAGGGAGUGAAUGAAGUGACUGAGCCUUUGAACUUGAAUCCAGCUAAACGGCCUCGUCGGCAAGACUGGGAUGGAGAAUUAUAUGAAAAUGGCUCAUUUUAUUUUGCUAAAAGACAUUUAAUAGAGAUGGGUUACUUACAGGGUGGAAAAAUGGCGUACUAUGAAAUGCGUGCUGAGCACAGUGUGGAUAUAGAUGUGGAUAUUGACUGGCCUAUUGCGGAGCAAAGAGUAUUAAGAUUUGGCUAUUUUGGCAAAGAGAAGCUUAAGGAGAUAAAACUGUUGGUUUGCAAUAUUGAUGGAUGUCUCACCAACGGCCACAUUUAUGUGUCAGGAGACCAAAAAGAAAUAAUAUCUUAUGACGUAAAAGAUGCUAUUGGGAUAAAUUUGUUAAAGAAAAGUGGUAUUGAGGUGAGGCUCAUCUCUGAAAGGGCCUGUUCCAAGCAGACACUCUCCUCCUUAAAGCUGGAUUGCAAAAUGGAAGUCGGCGUCUCAGACAAGCUGGCAGUCGUAGAUGAAUGGAGAAAAGAAAUGGGCCUGUGCUGGAAAGAAGUAGCAUAUCUAGGAAAUGAAGUGUCUGACGAAGAGUGCUUGAAGAGAGCGGGCCUAAAUGGUGUUCCUGCUGACGCGUGUUCUGCGGCCCAGAAGGCUGUGGGAUAUAUUUGCAAAUGUAAUGGUGGCCGUGGAGCCAUCCGAGAGUUUGCAGAGCACAUUUUCCUUCUGAUGGAAAAGGUUAAUAACUCAUGCCAAAAAUAGAAAUAAGUGUAAUGUUGGGAAAGAAAGACUACAGCCUCCUUCGGGCGUUUUGCUUUUAUUUUUGACCUAAGUACAUUUCCAUGGUGUAAUGUUGGAGAAGGUGUGAUUUGAUUUGUGAUAUAUCUUAAUAUCCUUUCAAAGCAAAACCUGAAAUUAUCAUUCCAAAACCUGUGAAAUAAUUGUGCUCUACUUUUCUCUUUACGCAAGAUGAUUAUUUAGAGACAGAUCAUAGUCUUUCUUAGAUUUUUAGUCAAUAUAAGACAUCAAAAAUGACUUUGUAUUGUACCCUGUAAACUGUGUGUGUGUGUGUGUGUGUGCUUUCAAUGACGCUGGGGUUUUAUUUAUUUGGAGACAGUAUGUCUGUAAGACAUGUAUUUCUGUUCAUUAAUAAAAUUACAUUUCAUAAA